AUGAGAAUUGGAUCCUGGAAUGUAAGAUGUCAGACUUACAGGCCAGGAGGAUUGAUGAAACUGACAAAUGAACUGAAGAAAGCCAAAGUCGACAUUGCUGCUAUUCAAGAGAGCGGUUACAAUCAAAAUGCACAAACUUCCCGCUUCAAUGGCUAUACCACAUUUCAUAGCAGCAACAGUCGAGACCAUGUACUUGGUACUGCCUUCAUGGUAGCCACAAAAAAGGAACAUCUGGUACUGGACUUUCGAAAGGUCAACGAGCGCCUAUGCGUGUUACGUCUGAAAGGCCGUUUCAAAAACUACUCCGUGAUAAACGUACACGCACCUCAUAAUGAAUCGGUGGAGGGUGAUAAGGACGAUUAUUAUGAAGCGCUUGCAAGAGCCUACGAUGAAUUACCGGCACACGAUAUUAAAAUCGUUAUAGGAGAUUUCAACGCCAAAGUAGGCAAGGAGGAAGUGUACAGACCAACAAUAGGAAGGUACAGUCUGCAUGAAAAUACGAAUGAGAACGGUCAGCGUAUGAUUUUCUUCGCUGCCGAAAGGAACCUGGUUGUGAAAAGUACUUUCCAUAAACAUAAAAGCAGACACCUGGCUACCUGGAAGCAUCCCAAUGACAAUUUGCCAGCAAAUCAGAUUGACCAUCUACUGAUUAGCGGGCGGCACCUCACCGACGUCAUUGACGUCAAGUCAUGUUGGAAAGCAAAUGUCGACUCUGAUCAUUAUCUGGUUGUGUCAACGUUGAGAGCACAUCUAGCCCGGUUUCAUAAUGGACGUAGUGAAACUGUGAGGCGUUUUGCGGUGGAGAAAUUAAAGGAUACACGGAUAGCGGAGACGUUUGCUGAUAACAUUAGUACAAAGCUUCAACAAUUACGACAAGCUCAGCCAGGCGACACUCCUCCCGAAUGGCUAUCGGUGAGUGAUGUGAUUAAGCAGGAAGCAAUCGACACCUUAGGAUAUCAGAGGCCUAAUGAUUUUAAGACCUGGUUUGACGCAGAAUGUGCUGAUGUUACAGAUCGUAAAAAUGCUGCACGAAUUGAGAAGGAAUCGGCGAGAACUAGAGAACGGAAAACGGAAGCGGAUCAGCGCUAA